CUUUAACUGCUCCCAUCCACGUUUCUUCCUUCCUCUCCUUUCCUCAUCUUGGCGGAGGACCGCCUCGGCUUUUCAGCACUGCUGGAGAUCCUGAAGCAGACAAUAAGGGCUGCACCUGCCUGAAGGUUCCUUACAGAGGACUGUUCAUCCACCUACAGGAAACAGAGUUCAGACUCCAGAAAAUGAAUCUGGAUAUGUCUCCACACAUGCUGCUGUUGACGCUCAGUCUCCUCAUCCUGCCGUCUUCCUCGACUCCCCACCACGAGUCAGAUGAUUCCAAGCUUCUCCAGGUGACCAUCCCUACCACUCCGCCAGUGACUGCCGUGCUGGGGGGUUCCCUGACUUUGCCCUGCCUGGUGUCGCUGGCCCACCCGCCGCCGUCCCCUUCAACUAACGGGCGCCGGGCUGUGUUGUCUGAGCCCCGGGUCAAAUGGAGCAUCCUCAGUGAAGGUCAUGAGACGGAGAUCGUGGUGGCCCGCGGCGACAGGGUUAGAGUCAGCGAGGCCUACAAAGACAGAGCCUCACUGCUGAACUAUGCCUACUCUCCUGCAGACCUCACCCUGCGGCUAGAGAGCCUGAGGCAGAACGACACCGGCUUCUAUCGCUGCGAGGUGCAGCAGGGGCUGGAGGAUGCUGAGGAUGUGGUCCAAAUCAAGGUCAAGGGCGUGGUGUUUCAUUAUCGUGAUGCAUCCAGCCGGUACGCCUUUACCUUUGAGCGUGCCGUAGAGGCCUGUACGGAGAUUGGGGCAGAAAUUGCUUCCCCAGAGCAGCUCCUCGCAGCCUAUCAAAGCGGAUACGAGCAGUGUGAUGCAGGAUGGCUCUCCGACCAAUCUGUGAGAUAUCCCAUUCAGAUGCCAAGGGAAGGCUGCUUUGGAGACAUGGAUGGCAUGCCUGGAGUAAGGAACUACGGACUGUUGGAGCAUGAUGAUCUCUAUGACGUCUACUGCUAUGUGGAGAAUAUUCAGGGUGAGGUAUUCCAUGGCUCUGCCCCCCAUCACUUCACCUUCUGGGAAGCUAAGGCCUACUGUGUGAGUCACGGUGCGGAGCUAGCCACCACGGCUCAGCUUUAUGCAGCCUGGAACGAUGGACUGAACCACUGCAGCCCGGGAUGGCUGGCGGAUGGGAGCGUGCGAUACCCCAUCGUCACCCCUAGAGAGCGCUGUGGAGGUGGUGAACCUGGUGUGAAAACCAUCUAUCAAUACAGCAACCAGACAGGCUUCCCUGAUACUCUCUCUCAACACGAUGUCUACUGCUUUAAAAGUGAUAAUGGCCCUUAUACUGAAUCUCCUCAAGAUGCUCUUACCACAGAACUGGAGGACAUUGGCCAAGACAUUGUUUUCCAAACCACUCAGGAGGAUGCCACCCUGAGUGAAGCAACACCAGAGGGGAGAGGAGAGAUGCAACAUGCCCAAGCAACAAAUCCAGUUAAACAGGUCCCUGAAACCUCUUCGCAGACUUUGACUCCCCUGCCUGAUCAUGACGAGACGUUCUCCACCAGAGAGAGCUGGGAGCUGAUAAAGAAGGAGAGCUGCUCUGAUUCCUAUCAGCCAGCACCUAAAGGAACCCCAAACAAAGAUCAUGAAGAGUCUCAUGUGUUUCCAACAUCUUCACAGUUUGAUGCCCAUGAGAACCUGACGACACCCAUAACUUCCAUCACAUCAUCAGGAAGUUUUGUGGCUACAGAAGGUCAGACCUCAGAGACUGUGAGCUUGGAUUGGCUAGCUGUAAAUGUGACAUCUGAAGGUGAUUUGGAGAAAAUCCAUCACGAGGAGAGUGAUCUUCCAGUUUCAGAAGAGGACUAUUCAACAGAUGUCCUUUCAAAACAUGUUUCUGUAACUGAGCCUGCUGUUUCAGUAAUACCAGAGGAAGACGCCGCUCGUACUAUUGUACAGAUUCCAGCUGUUACAACUUCAUCCCACACAGAGGAAGAUAAUGUUUCCUCCACCUCCCUGUUCACAUCUCUUGCUUACAGCACAUCUGAGAGUCUAGCAGAAGAGGUGUCUGGGGAGGGGACAUCUGAUGCUCUGGAUGAGGACACACAGGGUUCUGUGACUCCUAGUUGGAUGGGAAUGGGCGCCUUGUCCACUUCUGUAGUGGUACCCACUUCUGAUUCGGGUUAUACCCUCACUCUGGAUCACUCCGAUAUGCCAACAGAACCAGCUCUCCAACUAUACACUAGGGAUGAGGAUAUAAACAGCAUUUCAAACACGACAGAACCUGAUGAUUAUACAGAGCAGAGUGGACAUAUACACCCAGCAGUGUUCCAAAACGUGGAAGUUCCUCUAGUCACAGAUAAGACAUACUCCAGUGUUGAUAGUAUGGUCCUACAAAAUAACCCACUGACUUUGCUGACAUCGGUCUCUGUAACACAACUUCCAAGUUCUGUAAAGGUGGAAAUCAGCUCCUCUGAGAUUGUAACAUUUCAUCCAGACGUUCCUACUCUUUCUGAGGUGGAACCUGUAGAGGAGAUUCAGGAUAAAAUUGACCAGGACACAUUGGAAGAAAAUCCAGAGGUCUUCCUCAACACAGUCCCAAAUAUCACAGAGUAUAAUCCAGAUGAGACAGGCGGAGACCGCAGAGAGGGAGCGGAUGAAUCGUCAGAAGAAACCCCACAUAUAAAUCCUGAUCUCACUGUGACAAGCCCAACUCUCUCAGCAGACCACUCCGCUGAUGGAAAUAUUGGUGAGGGUGGCAGCGAAGCUCCUCCACUAUCAGAAAUAAAGAUUACACUGAUUCCUCACCUGAGCCUCACACCCAGGUGGGAACCAGAGCCUUUAACCCCAACAGCACAGGAAUCUCGCUCUGAUCGGGAACACAGCGCAGAGCCUCCUGUCAAUGAGAAGUCUGAGAUCUUUAAGGAGCAAGAAUUUACAAGAACCCAGAGCAGACCUCAUGAGCAAGGAUUAGAGGGAAGUGCAGGAGACCCUAUCACAGAUGAGCCGCCAGUUCAUAUCUGCACAUGGAUGCCUGAGGAAGAGGACAAUUCCCCAGCAGCACCCACUGCAGACGUGGAUGUGACUACUGCUGCUCCCCCUUCAGAUCCUAAGGGUUCUAAAGCACAUGAAAAGGAGCAGACGGCCAUGGGUCCUGCUCUACCUGCGGCCAAAGUUCCUGCUGCAAGCCAAGGAGACUCCUGCAUGGAGAACCCUUGUCUGAAUGGGGGCACCUGUGUUGAUGAUCAAUCAAUACGGUGUAUUUGCUUGCCUGGUUAUAGAGGAGACUUGUGCCAAAAAGAUGUGGAGGAGUGCGAGCCAGGUUGGGAGAAGUUCCAGGGCUUUUGCUAUCGUCACUUCAGCAAGCGGCAAAGCUGGGAAGCAGCAGAACAACAUUGUCGGAUGUGUGGUGGACAUCUGCUUUCUGUCAUGACUCCUGAGGAGCAACAUCACAUCAAUGAUAAAUACAGAGAAUAUCAGUGGAUUGGACUAAAUGACCGAACCAUUGAAGGAGACUUCCACUGGUCUGAUGGAAACCCUCUACUCUAUCUGAACUGGUACAAAAACCAGCCUGACAGCUACUUCCUGUCUGGGGAGGACUGUGUGGUGAUGGUUUGGCACGAUGGCGGUCAGUGGAGUGAUGUGCCAUGCAACUACCACCUGCCCUACACAUGCAAGAAGGGUGUCUCAUCCUGUGGAGAGCCCCCUCGGGUCCCUCAUGCUCUGCUGUUUGGGAGGAAGCGGUCGCGUUACGAGACCAACAGCAGGGUUCGGUAUUACUGUGAGGAGGGUUUUAAACAGAAGCUAAAUCCUGUUAUUAAAUGUCUGCCUGGAGGUCACUGGGAAGCGCCUCAGAUCACCUGCGUGCCAACUCGUACAUUGGAGGAGGAUUCUCUGACUUCCCAGCCUGACCAGGAUGAGAACGUCAUGGGUGCGGCUGCAGAGAAAGCAGCACCACUGUACAGGGAUAUUAAGUGGAGUUUUUAAAGCCAUCUUUUCCUAUUAUGAAAAUAAAAAUUACAUCUUCCCCUGACUUUAUGUUUCUCUCCCAUAGAAUUACAAAAUUAUGGUUGACUGUGUAAGAGAAAAUGUCUUAGCUAAAAAUGUUCUGAUCCUAAUCGUUAGUCUCAUUGCCUAAUUGCCUAAGUCAUAUGAUUUAGGCAAUGAGACUAAUGGAAUAUAUGUCUUGAUGUACAGCAAAGAGUGAAGUUUGUUUAAAAAACGUAUUGCACUCUGUUCUCUUUAACAACAAAAUGACCUAAACUUGCUGCUUAAAUUAGACAUCUACAUAAAAUUUCCAUUUUAAGGAGUCAGAACUAAAGAAAAUUAUAGGACAGCACAAACCAUUACAAAACAAUGGUAAAUUUGAUGCUAAUCAUCCCUUUGGAUUUAAUAAGACAUUUUUAUGUAGAAAAUCACAGCCUGGAUAUUCAUGGGAAAAAAAACAAUUGUUAUCACUACAAUGUGCUUGAGUAAAUUAUUGGAUAAUUACCAGAAAUGCAAUAAUAAUACAAUGUAAAUUGAGUCUAUUGCGUAAACCAGUGACAAUAAAACAACAAUUGCAUUUGGGAUUAAGGAAUAAGAGAAAAUAAACAAUAAAUCUAUCCUUUCAUUCUAAUGGAACAUUAAUUCAUAUAAUUGGUUUACUUUUUAAGGUAUACUGUAGCAAUAGAACUAUAGAACUAUAGAAUAUAGUUGUGUUUUGGAUAAAUGUAAAAAUAAUAAAGACUGAAAGGUCAAGUGUACUCAUUUGUCACCAUGAUCAUGUGCAUUUCAUUUUUAUUUGCAUUUGUUAAAAAAAUAUAUUUUUUCAGAUUAUAAUUUGUUCACUAUCAUGUAUUUUUAUUUUUGCAUGAUGUGAACUUACUCCCAGAAUCAGCUGAUUUGACAUCCAUUCAAGCCCCAAUGAAUAGCCAGUUAAGACUUUAUUCUGUCCCUGUUCUGAUCCAUGGGUGUUCGGUUUUGGUAUUCAGUUGUGUUUGUUUUCUCAUCAUCUCCGCAUUAUCUUCUAUCAUGUCUUGCAUGAUGUUGCUAUAUUAGUUAUUCCUUUGUGCUUAGAUUCUUAGUCUAUUUUUGUGUUGUGUUCUUUGUGUAUUCUACUUUGUUCCUCUUAGGCUAGUAUUUGUCUUUUUACCUUGGUUUAGUGUUUUUUGUGUCUUAGCUCCCCUGUGUUACUUAGUCUCUCUCCCUCAGUCAUUUUCCCCUGCUUACCUUUUGCCUCAGCUGUUCCACAUUAUCUCCUGAUAUACGCACAGGAUUCCCAUGUCAUUCUCCACACUUCCCUCAGCAAAUAAGCGCCCUGGUCCUCUUUGUUCUCCGCUAGAUUCUCCCGUUACACCUCCCAUUAGACUGCUCAUUAUUUUCCCAUUACUAACCAUUUCCAUGCAAAUAAAUCUUCACCCAGUUCCUUCAAUGUUCCUGUCUGCUCUUGGGUCCUACUCCCAACACAUACAACAUGACAGGCCUUCUAUUCAAUAAUGCAUCAAGCAAACCUCCAAACAGCUGAUGAGAUUAAAUAACAAACAAGGUAAACUUUCUUUACUUAUAAGGUGACUUAAAGUGAGGCAGAGGCAGGUGGUUGCUCUGGAUUUUAUUCAGGGGCAUUGGAAUCCAGGCUGAAUACAAAUGCACAACACACAUUUCAUAUUUUUACCAUAACAUUUGUGAAAAUUAGUUUUUUUUUUUUUCAACUGAGCAAUUAAUCCCUGCUUUAUGUUGGUAUUAGUAGAAUCCCAAUGAACACUUGAUGUUGCUUUGCUGCUUAAAAUCAAAUUUAUGGUUAACUGAUCUAUUAUCUGGGUACUCCAAAGAUGUGCCUGUUAGGUUAAUUGGUCUCUCUAAAUUGCCCUUAUGUGUGUAUGAGUGUGUGCAUGGUUGUUUGUGUGUUGCCCUGCAAUGGACUGGCGACCUGUCCCGCUUGUACCCCGUCUCCCGCCCAUAGACUGCUGGAGAUAGGCACCAGCUUCCCCGCGACCCACUAUGGAAAAUACUGACUGACUGACUGAUCUAUUAUCUGUUAAAUGUUCUUCUCUUCUGCUAGAGUGCAAACAUAUGAUGUUUCAAGCUAAAACUGAAUAAACAACACAGCCAGAGACUGCAUACCUCUGCUGCCCAACGUAGGGACACUGGCGCCAUGAAUUCCUAUUUGGCAAAGUGAGCUACUCCAAUUCAGUGAAAGAACAAAAACGGUUUAAUUCUAUACUUUCUGGCAUUUUUAUGAUAUUUGAUUUGUUUGACCAUGAGAACAUAUCACUAUAACUUGGAUUCACACUUAUAUCACUAGUAGUUCAAAACUAACAAAUCUUUUAGCACCUUACUGAACCAGUAGAACCUGCAAUGACAAAGAAUCCUUUAAAAUAAACUGGAUCGGAUCAUAAUCCAGAUCACCACUAAAGUUUUAUUGAUUCUUCCUUGGGUUUUUACCUCUGGUAAAAAGAAAUUCAAAGGAAUUUGUUUGUAACUUUUUCUGUAAAGUUGCUAACACACACACACAGACAGACAGGCAAAAUAACUUAACUGAAAACAUAACCUUCAUGGAAGAUGGCCGUGCUCUUUGAUAAGAGUCAAAUGUGGUCUAACCUGGUUUUAGAUGUAUAAUAUUAGAGAAAUACCAGAAUUUGUGUAUGAUGUGCAGCUUUCAUAUCAAGCCACACAAAUAAUACAAUAUGACCCACAUCACUUCUAGCAUUCCCUCUAAAGGAUUGUAUGGGCCCUGCUUCUUUUUUCUCCUCAAAGGAAUGGGACACUUUUGUUUAGUUUUAUGCUGUGACUUUAGAUAGCACAACCACAUUUCUUUUUUUUUUCUGAAGAGCUGCUGUACAGCAAGCCGGUAGGAGCUCUCUUCUUGUUUGGACUUGUUUAGACAGACUGUAUUCUGUUUCCUUUGUGUUUAAUCUUGCCAACAUGGUUACCUGAUGUCGAAAUCUGGUCUUAAUGUGAAAUGUAUGCUAGUUAUUCCACCUGAAGUGAAUUACACCUGCUGGAAUAAAUUCCACAUAUGGGAACACAAGUUUUUUUUUUUGCUUCAGGGGACAAUGGACAUAAUGGUGACAAAUGUAGAUGAUUUAAUAAAUCAUUGCUCUUUUGGGCCAUCUUUCUUGAAGGUUGAAGAAAAAAUGAAAAAUUUAAGGAAAAAUGUCAUGUAACCUUUGAUCCUUGUUUUGACAAAAGUACCAUCAGUGAAAUGAAUGACACCAAACUCAGACAGUAAUGGAACCACUUGAUUGUUCUCAUGGUUCUUUGCAGAACUUUGACUCUGCUUGUCUUAUGGUGCUUUUUAUUAAGGAGUCCUUCAGAGUUUGUAUCAUCUUCUUUUAACCUUUUACCUCACUGUUUCUGUUCAGCCUUCAUGCUGUUUAUUUCAGCAUACAGCAUGAUACUCACUGUUAAACGUCUCUAGGGUUUAAGUGUUAUAGACAAAAUGGGGCAACUUGUUUGCAUUAUGAAAAGGCACAUAUUCUGUAACUGAUGCAAAUAUUGACAGAUAUUGUAACAACAAAAAUCAUGUUAAAUUUUUGUUUCAUUGAUAAACAAAUUGCAAACUCUAUGUAAAUGCAAUAAAAAGGCAUAAUGCAAUUGUGUAAUAUGCGUGGCAUUUAUAGUUAAGAGCUGUCAGUUGAUUUUAACUGUAUGAAAAUAAAUAAAUUGCUAUAAAGACAUAAA